CAUGCGCAGAGAGGACUACUUUCUUGGGAGAUGAAAGCUAUUGAUUACACGGAUUCUUGCGCUCAGUUUUAACUAUUGUUAUGUCUCGCGUUUUGUUUAACCGAAUUCCAACAUCAAACCAGUCGGGAACCAUCGCCACCAGAAAGUCGGAUUGCCUUAUUUAAGAAGAUUAUAUCGGCAAAACCAUCUGGUUUAUUUUUUCCGUUGGCGCGAUACUUUGAGGGGCACGUGAUCUGCUCCAUCCAAUCGUGGCGCGGCAACGUUACUCAUCAUCAUCUUCUUUGUUCUGGAUUUUUCUACGUUGUUGACUGAUUAUUCGUUUACAGAUCAUGGAUUAUUUAAAACCAAGCAUUUAAUCACAGGGGGAUAUUGUAGGUGUGUGAUGUUUUGAAAAAAGACGACGUGUUCUUCGAAAUGUGGUUUUAAACGGGUUUUAGAAAUACAAGUAGUUGUGUGAGUGUCACGUGACUCUCCCUUCCCCCCACUUCGAUCCAUGAAUGGGGAAGAAGAAGUCGGACAUGUUUGAGGGUAAUGUGCUGAAUAAAGAAACGUGGCCGAAGACAAGAAGAAAAACAGGAUUUUUCAAACAAUGAGGAGUUCGACGUUUUUGUUUUACCUUUUUAUUUAACUUAAUCUUGAUAUAGGUAUAUAUGUAGAGAUGUAGAUUUUUAGAAAAGACUUUUGCUAUUUUUGUGAAACACUGUUUAAAAAGAUUUAAAUUAGGCGUUUACUUUAAAUAACGUUGAGAGAAACAUUUUGACCGGUUUAGUGUUUGUUAUUUUGGCUUUUAACAGUUUGUGACAUUGUUUCAGACGUGUAACCUUGGCAGUGGGGGAUGGGUGGCAGUAUAUUUACUAAAAUGGCAGGCUAUUUUUAUUUUCAAAACUUUUAAUUUUGUUUGUUUUAUGUGACUUACUUUCAGGAGGCUAUUGUUUGUUCAAAUUUACAGUUAGUAUUAACUAUGUAGAUUAGGCGUUCUUUAAAAUAGUUUGUUUAAAUAAUAAACUUCGACAAGAUUCGUAAAUCUGGAUAUUUACUGUAUUUGAUUUUGUUGAAAUACAAGGUAAAACAAAGUAGUUAAGAUUCUUGAUCUUUGGGGCUUUGGUAGUUAGAUCUCGGUUGUGGCCUAAACGGUGGUAGUUUUUUAGACUUUUAAAUUCUGAAUAUAAUUAGUACAAUUUAAGUAACGUUAACUAUUUGCGUGAUGGGUUCUGUUUGGCACAUAUUUUAGUCGUAGUUAGUAUAUUGUACGAUUAAAAACCGUCGUUUUAAGAAACAAAGUUGCUGCGUCAUUUUAUGGCGGACACUCCUUGUAGGCCAUGUUGAAUCGACAGAGGGAGGGAAGGACGUCGAGCAGAAGCUUUUAUCCGUUCAAAUAUCAUUUGCGUUACUGUUCAUUCUUUACCACGAUGUGUUUUUAGAGGACGAUGUUUUAAUUAUAUUGUUAUAUCGUUUUCGCCAUUAGACAUCAGGGUGUUUUUGUUCUUGUAGUUUUUCGAGACGUUAAAUAUUACAUGUUCCUAUAAGAGCAUUUUGGUUAAAUUACGUUUUUUAUAGUUUUAUUUGAGGCAAUGAAGGGACAAACUGUAAAACGAGGUGAUCUCUGCGUGUGUGUGCGCGCAGCAUUAGACUCGUGACUAAUCGGGUUAACCAAUGGCGUGUUUCCAACUUGCCCUGGAUGAUCGCGCCUUAGUUUUGGAGGGCCAAUCAGUGAAGUUUGCUAGACUUGUGUUGACGUAACAGAAACCCUGGAGAAACGGAAUGUUACCGUAUCCUUAAAUGUUUAAAAUUUGUCGCAGAAAUAUUUUAUCAAGUGUUUGUCGCAUAACUAUAAUGGAAGUCUUGCUUGUGUAAGUGGUUUUUGCGAAAUGGUCUUGUUUAAAGUCACGAAAUGUCCUCAAAGCGCUGUAGAGGCGUGGUCUAUUUGACAGACAUACAGAGUGGCCUGUAGAAUAUCCGUGGGCGUGCACUAUGGCGUUACAACAGCCAAUAGGGUUGUCGUUGGGUUUAUAAAAAGUCGGGCGGAGCCUUAACGUCGCCAUUUCAUUGUAGCGGUGAGCUGGAGGAUAGAGGAAGUCUGAAAAACAAGGCCGCGAAACUCGGAUUUUCGAACGAAACCGGUUUAUAAACUGAAUCCGGAUCCAUCCCGAUGGAGACGGCAAUUAGCCCGCCCUUUGACAGCUCUUUGGGCGGGGUUGACAUCAUGCAGGGGACCCUAAUGAUGGAGCAGUCCAUCUCUGGGCCCGGCAAGCGCAUCCGCAAGCCGUCGUUGCUGUAUGAAGGUUUUGAAGGGCCUGCUUUGCCCCACGCACAACAAUCUGGACCCCCUCAACCCCCCGUGCGGGACCCCGUUCGACAGGGCCGCAUGACUAACCAGCUGCAAUUCCUUCAGAAGGUUUUAGUUAAGACACUGUGGAGGCAUCACUUCGCAUGGCCUUUCCAUGAGCCAGUAGAUGCUCAUAAACUUAACCUACCAGAUUACUAUAACAUCAUUAAGCAGCCCAUGGACAUGGGCACCAUCAAGAGGAGACUGGAGAACAAUUAUUACUGCGGUGCCAGUGAGUGCUUACAGGAUUUCAACACCAUGUUCACCAACUGCUACAUCUACAACAAGCCAACUGAUGACAUUGUCCUGAUGGCUCAGUCUCUGGAGAAGGUUUUUCUGCAGAAGGUGGCACAGAUGCCCCAAGAGGAGGAAGAGAUUCUCCCACCUGCUCCCAAAGGCAAACCAGGGAAGCCUCCAAAAGGUCGCAAAUCUGUCUUGGGUGGAUUCACAACAGCUCAUCAGGUUCCCGCUAUAUCAUCCGUGUCCCAGUCAACUUACUCCCCACCAACUCCAGACACCCCAGACUCGGUCUUCUCCACACCACCACAGACACUUCUAACAAAGACUUUGCCUCCCAGUACACACAACACCCCGGGGUUGAUGGGACUCCCCCCUACUCAGCCAACUGCUAAGAAAAAGGGUGUUAAACGCAAAGCAGACACCACCACUCCCACCACCACAGGCAUGCCUUUCACCAUGGGCGUGGGUGGUAUGAAUCUAGGCAUGGGUGGAGGUGACUCCCCGCUUACCAUCUCCGCUCUGGGGGUGGACCCCAAACAGAGCCUGACCCUGGGAAUGGGCCAUAAUGUAGGUUUGAUUGGAGACGGUGUUCCAGCGCGAAGAGGAGUCAGCGGCAGGCCCAUCAAACCUCCACGGAAAGACCUGCCAGACUCCCAGCAUCAACACCAACCGGUGCGGCGUGGGAAACUGAGUCAGCAGCUGCGAUACUGCAGUGGGAUUCUCAAAGACUUGCUAUCAAAGAAGCACGCAGGCUACGCCUGGCCCUUCUACAAGCCGGUGGACGCAUCUUCGCUGGGACUUCACGACUAUCAUGAUAUUAUCAAGUAUCCCAUGGAUCUGAGCACAAUAAAGAGGAAAAUGGAUCAUCGCGAGUACAGGGAUGCGCUACAGUUCGCCGCUGACAUCAGGCUUAUGUUCUCAAACUGUUACAAGUACAACCCCCCAGACCAUGAUGUGGUGGCCAUGGCAAGGAGAUUACAGGAUGUCUUUGAGUUUAGCUUCGCCAAGAUGCCAGAUGAGCCCCUUGUGCCCCUCCCUCCUGCAUCUAUGGGGGGCGGUCACUCCUCCUCUUCCUCCUCUUCUUCCUCAUCAUCAUCUGAGAGCGACAUUAGCAGCGAGAGUGAGAGCGAGAGCAGCCCGAGCUCUGACAGUGAGGAGGAGAGAGCGCAUCGCCUGGCCCAGCUACAGGAACAGGUGUGUACGCAGCUCAAGGCGGUACACGAGCAGCUUGCCGCGCUGUCUUCCACCCCUAUCAUCAAACCCAAGAAGAAGAAAGAAAAGAAAGACAAGAAGAAAAAGAAGAAGCCGGAGAAACAUAAGCGAGGAAGGAAUAUGAUAGAUGAUGACGCCAUCAUCCGGCCGGCAAAAACACCAAAGCUCUCAAAGACACCAAAGAGCAAGAGCAAUAGCAAAUCGGCGUCAUCCACUCAGGGCAAGAAGAGCUCCAAUAAGAAGAGCAAAUCCUCAAAGAAAUCGCAAGCCGCCACCUUUACCGCCCCAAUCAUAGGUGGUCUUACUCCCCACUACGAUUCUGAGGAAGAGGAGGAGACCAGUCCUAUGAGCUACGACGAGAAACGACAACUCAGCUUGGACAUCAAUAAGCUGCCGGGUGAGAAACUUGGCCGCGUGGUUCACAUCAUCCAAUCGCGAGAGCCCUCGCUGCGCGACACCAACCCGGAGGAGAUUGAGAUUGACUUUGAGACGCUCAAACCGUCCACCCUGCGCGAGCUGGAGCAAUACGUCAUGAUGUGUUUACGAAAGAAACCACGAAAACCAUCUGUGGCAAGCAAAGGCACUCCAGGUAAAUCCCGUGAAGAGCUGGCGUUGGAGAAGAAGAUGGAGUUGGAGCGAAGACUGCAGGAUGUCAGUGGCCAGCUCAACUGCAAUAAGAAACCACAAAAAACCAAAGUGGAGAAACCUACUGCGGUGGACCCUAACGCUAUGGCUUCUCGCCUCAGCGCCAGCAGUUCAAGUUCAGACUCCUCUUCCUCAUCAUCAUCUUCCUCAUCUUCUGACACCAGUGACUCGGAUUCAGACUGAGCGAAUAAAACGCUUUUCAAAAUGCACUCCAUCCCAGAUCAGUAACUAGGUGUAUGAACCGGAGAGAAGAAAAUGGCAUUUAUCGCAUUAAAGCAGUGUGAGGGUGAAUGCAAAGAAUUCUGGGAACUUUUGGACAGAGAGACAUAAACUGAUGGAAAAGCAGCCCAGGGCUUCGUUGUCUGAUUUGGGACUUGUUUCCGUUAGUCCAUCCUUCUUUACAUUGUGUAUAUACAUGUACAUAGAUAUAAAUAUCUAUUUUUUCUUUUAUAAAGAAGAAUUUUAAAGAAUUCCCUGGUAGGGAAAAAAACAAAGUUUGUUGCUUUUCGUGAAUUUUUCUCUCCCUCUUUUUCGUUCGACCUAUUAGUUGUCCUAAAGAAAACAAAAGGCUUGGAGGAGAAACCGCUGUCACUUUUGUUUGCAUGAGCGAGUAAUGUAUGUAUGUGUAAUGUGUGCUGUUUACACGUUUGCGCAUACAUGGAUGUUUUGAAGCUUGGUUGUGCAUUUGAAUGAACCGUCUAAGCGUUAGUAAAAACAGAGCUCCACCUAUUCAAAUGUCAUCACACAGUAGUCAGGAGAAUAGGGAAUAAUGUCAGCCAUCUCUGUUUGAAUGGCAAUGUCGGCUUUAGUGGCGUCUUAAAACUUGAAUCUUAUCACUUCUUCUCCAUCCAGCCUGCUUUAUUCCAGUUAGGAGCCCCAUGGUCUCUCAUACAAAAAAAUUACAGAAUCACUCUUAAAACUUUGCUGUGCGUCUGUGUCUCUGGACAUAUAAUUUAUUUUUACAUUUAUUGCGUGGUUUCAGUCAAGAGAUUAUUAGAGAACGAGAUGCACUAUCAGAGGUACAGCGCUGCGCAAAUAAGAGUUAAUAUGAAUUGAGAUAUUUUGUAAAUCUUGGUUUUUGAGUUUGUCUGGUUGUUUUUGUUUGU